UUUUUGGACUUGCUACUUUUAUUUUGGGUAACUGAAUCAUGCAUAUGAACAACUGAAAUGUAAUAAGAAUCGUUACACUUUAUGGGGCUUUAGGUUGUUCCAGCUAAAAUAAACAAAACAACAACAAAAAGAACAUGUACCUGAUAGUGGAGUUCGUCGGAGAAGGGAGUACCGGUCCUGUAGCAAAGUCCUGGUACUCAGAUGGCCACUCAUGGUGGCCUCCAUACAAAGACUUGGACCGGUUACUAAAGAGCGUCAGGUUGAUGGAGGCACCACAGCCAGAUAAGGGUUGGACCAAGCAUCAGGCCAGAAUUCUACAUGAGUCGGCAUCAUUUGACAACAUUUCCAGAAAAUGGAAAAGGGCAUGCUACACUUCUGACAUCUCAGAAUCUGAAAAUUCUAUAAAAAGAAUUCACAAAAAGAAAACAUUCUCAUCAGAUGAUGAGCUUCAUGAAACCCCCAACAAAAAAAUUAAAAUUAAUAGAGACAAAAAUCCACCUACACCAAAAAUCCAGCCCGCACCAAAAGUCCCGCCUGCACCAAAACCUCCAGCACCUCUAAAAUACAUCAAGACAAAAGGUCCUGUUGUACGACCUCUGCUUACAACAAGCAAAGCAGUGAACUCUUUCAGCAAUUCACUUGUUAAUCACCACCAAAGGGCCAUGGAGAAGCCACAGCAGGUCCGUUUUGAGACUUUCCCCAGCUGUCAAGGUAACAGGCUCUACAUGAGUACUGUGCUUCUGGUGUGA